AUGCAUUUUUGCAUGACUAAAUAUAUCAAGGAAUUACUUGAUAAAGUUGAUGUGCAAGAUUCAAAACCAUAUGCCACUCCUUGUCUUCCCUAUCACAAAUUACUUAAAGAUGAUGGGAAGCCUUAUUCUCAUCCAGCACAAUAUAGGAGCAUUGUUGGAGCUCUGCAGUACCUCAUCUUCACAAGGCCAGACAUUGCCUUCUUAGUGAAUCAAGCUUGUCAAUUCAUGCAUAAUCCCAUGGAAUCUCAUGUUAUGGCGGUUAAGAGAAUCUUGAGGUUUUUGAAAGGCACCAUUGAUUUUGGAAUUCAUUUUCAACCCGGUCUUCUUAAUAUGCAGACUUACAGUGAUGCUAACUAG